AUGGACUUCCUCAAGUCUGCGGUCGCCUCCGCCAUCUCAAAGGGCCCCGCGUUUGGCUAUUCUUUCGGCGACAGAGUCGACAUCGAUCAGUCAAUAUGGGCUCUCCAUAAUGGCACGAAGCGAGAUGACGGCUCCAAAUGCAGCAUCUUCUCCUUCGACAUUGCCUCGAACAGGUCGCGCUUGCCUCUUGCGAAGAACGCGCUGCGGAAACUGCGCACCAUGAGGCAUCCCGGCGUUAUAAAGGUACUGGACACGGUGGAGACGGAGACAUAUAUCUACAUCGCAACGGAACGCCUCGUUCCACUCAGCUGGCACACGCGCCGCGGAGCGCUUGCCCAGGAGACGAUCAAAUGGGGCCUGCAUAACGUUGCCAAAACACUCAAGUUCCUGAAUGGAGAAGCUAGCUCGGUACAUGGUUGCGUCCGCGUCUCGUCCAUCUUUACGGGCGAGAGCGGCGAGUGGAAGCUUGGCGGCUUCGACGUUCUGAGCUCUAUGAAGGAGGAUGACGCUGUCAUCUACAGCUUUGGGGGUCUGGUGCCUGACGCGAACCGCUACGCGCCACCGGAAAUCUCCAAGGGAGGCUGGGACGUGAUUAAGGGCAACCCCAUUACCGCCAUAGAUGCAUAUGGAUUUGGCACCGUCGUGUUCGAAACCUUCAAUGGCAGCUUCCAAGGAACAGAUCAGCUGGGCCAGAUCAAGAGCAUCCCACCUACGAUGCAGCAAAGCUACAGGCGCCUGAUCAACCCAAGCCCCAAGGCUCGAUCGAGCGUUGGUCAGUUCCUAGAUCAAGGUCAGCGUGCGGGGGGCUUCUUCCAGACGCCCUUGAUCUCCUUGACGGAAGGCAUUGAAAACCUUGGUUUGAAGGGCGAGGUUGAGAGGGACGAAUUGCUCAGCCAGCUCGAAGAUGUAUCGGACGACUUUCCCGAGGAGUUCUUCAAAAUGAAAGUUCUCCCGGAACUGCUGAAAUCGGUCGAGUUUGGCGGUGGUGGACCCAAGGUCUUUGGUCUAGUCAUGAAGAUUGCCUCGAAGCUGGCCGAUGAAGAAUAUGACGCUCAAAUUACUCCUGUCAUUGUCAGGCUCUUCCAGAGCCCAGACCGAGCAAUACGCGUCUGCCUUCUUGACAACCUUCCGCUGAUGAUCGACCAUUUGUCCAACAAGAUCGUCAAUGAUAAAAUCUUCCCCCAGAUGGUCACCGGCUUCUCCGACACCGCACCAGUGCUUCGUGAGCAGACGGUCAAGGCAGUCCUCACGGUGACACCUAAACUAUCUGACCGGAUCGUUAAUGGAGAACUCCUGAGACAUCUCGCCAAAACGGCCAACGAUGAGCAACCAGGAAUUAGAACCAACACCACUAUUUGCUUGGGAAAGAUUGCUAGGAAUCUUGGAGCAAGCUCCCGCACAAAGGUCCUAACUGCUGCUUUUGGCCGCGCUCUACGGGAUCCGUUCGUCCAUGCAAGAAACGCUGCCCUCCUGGCAUUGGCCGCGACAGUUGAUCUUUACACUGAAGAAGACUGCGCAACGAAACUCCUGCCAGGCAUCUGCCCUUCACUGGUUGACAAAGAAAAACUCAUUCGUGACCAAGCCAACAAAACCAUGGACAUCUACGUCGCCCGCGUCCGCAAGCACCAAACCACCAUGCCCGACACCGUCCUACCCCCGACCUCCUCCGCCGCCGCCUCCACCGGUGGCGCCGCCAUCCCGCGCAUGUCGACCCCGCAACAGGACAACUCCUGGGCCGGCUGGGCCAUCUCGUCCUUCACGAACAAACUCACCGCCGCAACCGGCGACAUCCAGGCCACCGCCAACGGCGGCGGCGGCCUCAAACCCGACGCGCCGCGCUCCUCCUCCACCCCACCGACCACAACCCCCACCACCACCACCCGCCCCACCUCCUCGACCGGCACCGCCUCCACCCUCCACCGCCAAACCCUCAACAAAUCCCACCCAGCAAACGCCCCUCCCUCCUCCUCCACCGAAGCCGAGCCCGAAGACUUCGGCGCCGCCUGGGGCGACGACUUCAACGACCCCCACGACCAAGAAAUCGAAGCCGACGACGACGCCGCCGACGGCUGGGGCGCCACGGCCUUUGACGACAACGACGACGACGCCCACGACCCCUUCUCCGCCCCCGCCCCGACAACAACGAAAAAAGACCCAACCGUCCCCUUCGACGACAACGGCGAGCCCGACUUCGCCGGCUGGCUCACCGCGCAAACAAAAGCGAAGCAAGCGGGCAAAAAGCCGCUGCCCAAGGGAUUGGCUGGUUCCAGUAGUAGUAACAGACCGAGUGCUGCGCCGAGGGCGAGCUCGGCGCCUGGGGGUGGUGGUGCGAAGAAGUCGGUUGUGACGGGGCAGGUGAGGAAGACGACGGGGAUGGCGGCGGCGGCGGCGACGGCGAAGGCGGAAGAGGAGAAGAAGAAGAGGAAGAAAGAGGAGGAGGAGGCGGCGCGGAAGAAGAAGGCGGCGGAGGAAGAGGAGAUGGAGGAUGAGGGGUGGGGGGAUGCGUGGGAGUGA